GCACCCGGAGGGCAACGGAGGAAGCCAGCGAGCAGCACCGCCCUGCCCGACGACGCCUAUCCGCCCGCGCGGGGCAGCGACCCCCGGCCCCACCCCCUCGGUUGCCAGCUCCCCUCCGCUCCAAGCCAAGCCGAGCCGAGGCAGCCCGGGCUCCGCUCGCGUUUGCUCGCUGUACCCGACAGUCUCUCCGCGGCCGGCACGAGCCCAGCGGCGCCAUGGGCUGCACCGUGAGCGCCGAGGACAAAGCGGCCGCCGAGCGCUCCAAGAUGAUCGACAAGAACCUCCGCGAGGACGGCGAGAAAGCGGCGCGGGAGGUGAAGCUGCUCCUCCUCGGUGCAGGAGAGUCUGGGAAGAGCACAAUCGUAAAACAGAUGAAGAUUAUCCAUGAGGAUGGAUACUCAGAAGAGGAGUGCCGACAGUACAAAGCAGUGGUUUACAGCAACACCAUUCAGUCCAUAAUGGCUAUCAUCAAAGCGAUGGGGAACCUGCAGAUCGAUUUUGGGGACCCUGCCAGAGCAGAUGAUGCCCGUCAGUUGUUUGCACUCUCUUGCACUGCAGAGGAGCAGGGGAUCAUGCCAGAGGACUUGUCCAACGUGAUCAGGAGGCUGUGGUCAGACAACGGAGUCCAGGCCUGUUUUAAUCGUUCCCGAGAGUACCAGCUGAAUGACUCUGCUGCAUACUACCUGAAUGAUUUGGAGAGGAUAGCCAAAGUGGAUUACAUUCCAACCCAGCAAGAUGUGCUGAGAACCAGAGUGAAGACCACAGGCAUUGUAGAGACUCAUUUUACCUUCAAAGACCUGCAUUUCAAGAUGUUUGAUGUGGGGGGACAGAGGUCCGAGAGAAAGAAGUGGAUCCACUGCUUUGAAGGAGUGACUGCCAUUAUCUUCUGUGUUGCUCUUAGCGCAUAUGACUUGGUUUUGGCUGAAGAUGAGGAGAUGAAUCGGAUGCACGAGAGCAUGAAGCUGUUUGACAGCAUCUGUAACAACAAGUGGUUCACAGACACAUCCAUCAUCCUCUUCCUCAACAAGAAGGAUCUCUUUGAGGAGAAGAUCAUCCACAGCCCCUUGGCCAUCUGCUUCCCGGAGUACACAGGGGCCAACAAGUAUGAUGAAGCUGCUGGCUACAUCCAGAGCAAGUUUGAGGACCUGAACAAGAGGAAGGACACCAAGGAGAUCUACACCCACUUCACCUGUGCCACUGAUACCAAGAACGUGCAGUUUGUCUUCGAUGCUGUCACUGAUGUCAUCAUCAAAAAUAACCUGAAGGACUGUGGGCUCUUCUAGCUCUCCAGGCGGCAUCUACUGAGGAACACAGGAAGGAUUACUUGAACUGCUCCAUAUGAGGAAGAGGCUGGUUUUGAUGAAGGGAGGACUGCACCAUUUAAUGACUUCUGCUUCUUACAUUUUUGUUCCAUUCCUUUUCAUUUCCCUAAUGAUGAGACUUUGGAGUUUCUGCCUGUCCGAGGGACAGUUUCCAUUGCUUCCCCUGCUCUGUGCUGUCCCGGGUGCCUCUUGCAGGCUGCUUGUAUCCUAUCCCUGUGCCCACAAAGCCUUACUGAAGCACCAAUGAUUGGUGGCCUGCCAUAGCUGUAACAUUUCCAUGUAUGUCCAUUUUUAUUUUUAUUUUUUAAAGCUGAAGUGCAGAAGGUAACCGGUCAAGGGGCUUUGGACAUGUUUUGAAUGAUUUUUCCUUUCCUUUUUUUUUUAAAGGCAAAUGGUCCAAGCAAACUUCUUGUCUGGCUCUGCCAAAGCAAACCACUGUCCAUUUGUUUUUCACCUUCCAACAGGUGGAGCUCUUGCCAUGGAGCAAGCUUCUCAGCUCCUACCUCCAUGAUUUGCACAGACUGGCAAGAAAACGAAAAAAACAUUCCUCCAGAAGCCAACUUGUGCAGGAAAAGUUGACCUUUUUUUUUUUAAAAAAGAAAACCUUUUUUUAAAAAAAGAAACCCUUAUUUAAAAUGUCAUGUAGUAAACAGUUGAGUUGCCCAACAUGAGCUCAUCUUCUCUAGUAAAUUUUGUGCCUUGAGGGUGUCUGUAUGUUUACAUCUGUUUCUUAGUUUGCUUCAAUGUGCAUUGUGUUUUAGAUUAGCAUAAAAUGGACUCCCCCUUUCUCUUCCCCCCAGCCCUUUUCUCCCUUUCUGCUGUGGUCCAGGCCAAGCUUUUUACGAGGGGGCAGCGCCCAUGGGUUUAAAACACCUUUUCUUCCUGGCCACAGAAUUAGGUUCCUAAGGGCUAAGAUUCCACUAAGGACUUCUUUCCAUUCCUUUGUGCCCCACCCCAGGGCCUGAGGUUGCUGUAAUGUCAGGUCUAUUUUAAUGUAUUUUCUUAGCUCUAACUGUAGUAUCAGUUGAGGAAACACUGCUGUAUGUUAAGCGGUCCUGCCUGCCGGGCAGUCGAUGGGCACCGGGGCCAUUAGUAACCGUCAAGACGCAGCCUAGCUUUUAUCACAAUGUUUUACCAAAUUGUUCACACGGUUUGAAAUAAUAAAAAGUAGAAAGAAA